CCGGUGACAAGAGGAGCAGAGGCUCUGAGGUGAAGGUGACAAAGAUGGAUGGAUUCAGCGUGUUUCCUCCUCCUACUCCUUCAUCCUAUUUUGGGAGUUCUCUUCACACAGUUGUUUAACAGAGGAAUAAGAAAAAGGAGACAGGAGUGUUGGGUCCAAAACUCUGCCAUCAGAGGAGCUGGUUUUCAUCCUCAUAUCAGUCGGCCAGGCUCACUUCUAACACAUGGAGUCAAAAACUGAAGGGUCAGCGUCACUGACCAGUGAAAAACUGGCCUCUAUUGACGAUGAAGACGUUCUCAACAAAAUGCUGGACAGUGCAGCAGAUUUUGAAGAGAGGCGGAUGAUUCGAGCUGCUUUGAGGGAUCUGCUCAAGAAAAAGAGAGAAAAACGGGAGCAGGAGCGCGGGGUGAGACAGCAGGACCUGAGACAGCAGGGCUUGAAUAAAGGUGGGACAACGGGUGGAGCUGUUAGCAUCGGAAGAGCCUCCAUGAACCAGCAGCCGUCGACUCACAAGUCUGUAGGUAAGCCACAGUCCGCCACUCCAGUCAGCAGGACAGCAGGCAGGGUCGGAGCUGCUGCCGUCUCAGCCCAGAAAUGUUCCUCUGCUGAACCUCCCAACGCUAAAAAUGUCAAACAAAUGCUUCUGGACUGGUGCAGGGCCAAAACAGAGCCUUAUGAGGGGGUGGACAUCCAGAACUUUUCCUCCAGUUGGAAAGAUGGCAUAGCCUUCUGCGCCUUGGUGCACCGAUUCUUCCCCGACGCAUUUGAAUACUCCACCCUGAACCCCUACAAGCCCAGGGACAACUUCGAGCUGGCUUUCGGCACGGCAGAGAGGCUGGCCGGAUGCGCCCCUCUGCUGGAUGCUGACGACUUGGUCCGGAUGAAGGAGCCCGACUGGAAGUGUGUGUACACGUACAUCCAGGAGUUUUACCGCUGUCUGGUGGAGAAGGGGCUCGUCAAAACCAAGAAGCGCCCAUAAGAGGUCAUUGUGAUUGUUUACCGACGGACGCGCUCGCCAGAACCGGAGGUCAAAAGGAUGACUUUGUGAUCGUUUGCAGAUAAAUAUUUACUAUUCGAUUGGGAGACAUUUCACUGUGAAUGCACAGUGACUAAUGGCUGGUAUUAGUUUGCAGCGAACUGUUGCUGUCUGUGUGAUUUAAGAGAACAGCUGGUGUUUAGGGUUAGUUCAUUCCUCUGAGAUUACACAUCUGUAUUAAUCCCGCUGUGAGUCUGAGCAUGACCUUUGUGAUGGUGACGCUCUUCAGGACGUGAUGCAGUCUGCGAGUCAGUUAAAUAAAUACUCAUUUCAUCGUCCUGCUUGUCCUACACAGCAUAAACAAUCAACAAAAAUUAUACUUCUUACUGGGAAUUUUAUCACAAAAUGUGGAGAUUAUGAUGCCCGAAUGUUAGGGAGUGAAAAGUAUUGUGCAUUCAUCUUAAAGUACUUAACCAAGUCAUUUUAUGUAACACAUUUGAAUAUAGAAAUUGUGCUUUCUGUUUGACUGAAGGUUUUGAAAUAAAACACAAGUGCUUAUUAUUAAAUCUGCUGUUCCCAGUUUAAGGCCUCUAGCAGGCAGCAUCAUAAAAAGUAGUCUCGGGGUUAUAGUGUAAAAAUGUUUCUAAGAUGCAUAAACCUCUAACAAAUAGUUUUUUUCUUUUUCAUUUUACCGCUGUUACCACAUAUAUACAUAAA